GGAGUCUUUGAAAAAGCCUUAGUGGUCAUGACAUUGUUACAAGUGACAUAAAUUAGCCAGUGGCUCAGAAUGAUGGAUACCCAGAAGACUACAAAUGGUUUGCAAGUGAUUGGAGAAGGGACUGGUAUAGGGAAAUCGACACUCCACAUGGUGGGGUAUUUGGGAAAAAAUUGUAAUCCUGUGGAAACAGCUGCGCAUGAGCAUUGUCCAGUCUGCAAAGAGAAGGGCCAGAUCCAAGUUUUACGGACUUACCGCAUUAAUUUUCAAGAGUCCAUUUUUCUUUGUGGAAAUCCUCAGUGUAUCUACCCUCUUGGUUAUAAACCAUUAAACAGCAUAAUUACUUCUGCUGAUUCAGAAAAUCAUCAAGUUCCAUCUACUGACAAGAAAAGGAAAUUUUGUGAUGUCAGUGACUUUUCUUCUGUUGAAUCACAUCCAAAAAAAGCAAGAACUAAUAAUGUGGCAAAUGGUGUGCACAGUAUCAAUGCAGACCCUGUUGUCAAAAGCUAUCAGAAUGGCUUAUGUCUUCCCAAGUCAACUCUACGUGACAUGUUACAAAAUGACCAGCAAAAACCUAGUGUCAGUGUGGAGGCCUGCAUGCAGAAGAUGGAUUUUGAAACAACCACAAACACCAAGAACUCUAAAGAAAGCCCACCUAGGACUUCUAGUCUCAGAACUCAACUCUUGUCAAAUUCUGAACUUUCCUCAAAAACAUCUGAAAUUUUGCUCAAAGGUGAUAAAGGUUCCACUCAUAGCACAGAUUUAUGUCUUCAGUGGAGAAACGUGCAUAACCUUUGUUGGUUAGAUUGUAUUUUGUCAGCACUGGUACACUUAGAAACAUUAAAAUUUGCUCUAGCAGAAGAAUAUAAUGAUGAAAAAUGUUUACUCCAGGAACUCUUAACAAAAUAUAAUCAAGCAACUGUGCUUCUAAAUACCUGUAAAAGGAGUAAAGUAAAAGAUGCUCUUCCAAAAGCAGAAUCUCAUCUCAGUGAAAUCAGAAACAUAAUGCUUACACAGCUUCAGACUCGGCUUAAAUACGAAUUUGGUAAGAAGGAGAGUCCAGUGUUUGCACUGCCUCUACUCUUACAACUGGAUCAGCAAGCUGAGAAACUGUUCUUGCAUUCAUUUUCAUGGAAGUUUGAGUGUGUGUGUUGUGGCUACAAAUACCAGAACCGACUUAGGAAAACACUAACGACAUUCACAAAUAUAAUCCCUGAUUGGCACCCACUUAACGCUAUUCAUGUUGGACCAUGUAAUAACUGUAGUGAUAGAUCUCAAAGAAGACAGAUGAUUUUGGAAAAAGUACCCGCAGUAUUAAUGUUACAUUUUGUAGAAGGCUUGCCACACAGCAACCUGGAGAACUAUUCAUUUCAGUUUGAAGAAAACACCUACCAAAUAACAUCUGUUAUUCAGUAUCAAACAGAUAAGCAGCACUUCAUAACCUGGUCUUUGAAUUCUGAUGGAAGUUGGCUUGAAUGUGAUGAUUUAAAGGGGCCAUAUUGCAAGAGACAUACAAGUUUUGAAGUUCCUGCUUCGGAGAUUCAUAUUGCUAUCUGGGAAAAGAAAACAUCACAUGUGUCAGAAGAACCAAAUUCACAGUUCCAGAGUAGAAAUAUUGAAGAUUUUCCUCUCAAUAAUGCACAGUCACAUUCCACAGUGUUGCACUGUGGUUUUGAUAACACUGUAGACAGAAUACCUGCAGAACAUCUCAAAGAGGAUUCUGUGAGAAAUCCAGAUAAGAAGCAGCAGCGGGUAGCUGAGGAUAAAAGUACUGUUCCUCACAGUUUAGAAAAUCUGGCACGCGAUGAUCUUGCAACACUGAUGCUUGAAGAAAUUCAAGUUGACUCAGAAGGUAAAUCACUGCCAAAUGGACGAGUGGUGGGAAAUAACCCUGUUGUUGAAAUGGGCACACCCCAACGGCAGGAAUCGGCAUUUUCACCUCACACUCCGUGUACCAGAGAGUUUGCUGGAACUAGUCUAACUAUGAGCAAUAAAUGCAUGUUACAUGAAAAUUCCAGCAUCUGCUUACCUCUAGAAAAGUUGAACCCAACAGAUACUACUCCUCCUGUGCCCGAAACCCACCACCCUGACCCAUCUGACUCACUUGCUCAAAGAACAGAUGGCAGAACUGAUUUGCAUGAAUUAAAUUCAGAACUACAGCUGAACAAGAAGUUGUCACCAGUAGAGAAUAUUAAACAAAAAUCACCUGACAUAAAAGAUGCAAGCAAAACUGUAGUGAAUUCUCAGGUUGCCAAUUCUGCUGCUGCCAAUAAUUCCUUUGAGCCUUCACACAAAGACCAAAAAAGAGGAUUUGUAGGAAGCUGGGUAAAGAAAUUAUUAAAGAAGAAUACUUCUUUUAUGCCUUCGAGUGCCUCAGCUCUCAAGAAUGAGAGAAGUUGUAGAACUCCCUCAAUGCAAAAAAUAAGUGAGGUGCGGUUGCCCGUGAAGGGAGCAAGUAACUUUGGUGGAUUUCAAAGCAGAGGUACAAACAAAACCACUGAGGCCCUGAAGUCAGUGGUUCCUCAAAGCAAUAAUACUCAUCCUUUAUCAACUUUCAAAGGAUUUUCUCAAAGCACUCGUCUUCCAACAGCAAGUCAUACCACUACUGAAGGUCCAACGUGGACUAAGUCAGGAAGUACUUUAGGUACCUCAGGUAAAGCAACUCCGUUCCAUUCACAUAGCCAUAACUCUGGGAAGGCAGAGGAGUCAGACAGUGAUCAAACAAAAAAACUUCGGCUAAAACUGUUAAAGAAACUUAAUGCUAAAAAGAAGAAGUUGGCUUCAUUAGAUAGGCUGGCAGUGGAACAGAUGAAACAUGGAAAACCUGUGCAUGGAGAUGUAAGCACUGCACCACAGACUGAAUCUCACAAUGAUAGUGAAUUAUUGCAGAGCUUUUUAAGGGAGCUGCAGUGUCAGAUUGAUGCUGCAGAUAAUGAAUCUGAAUUCAGCACAAACUCUAUAUCAGGGUGCACUAGCAAUGACGAAAUACUGGCGGAGUUACUGUCCCCUACUUCAACUGUUGCUUCCUUAGAGGCUCCAAAAAGUGAGGAUGAAUGUAUGUAUAUGGAAAUGGUGGAUAGCAGUGUUCCAACAACGGCGUCUGAUGAGAAGACCAGUGUGCCACAUGCAGGAGUGACAAGUGAGGACCAUAAUUAUUACAGUCCUGGAAAGGACAGUAAUUCAGAACUUCAUGCAGUAAGCAAAUCCAGUGUGAAAAAACUUGCUUUUGAAAGUCCUACAAGGGAGGACAUCCUUGAAGACCUGUUCUCCAUUUCAGCACCAAGCUCAAUGGCAGGUGACAUAGACUUACCUCAUUUUGAUGAAACUUUGUUUGAAACUUGGUAA